AUGGCCUUCGCGAAGAUGCUUUCGAAGCGAUCAGCCCUUCGCACCAAGAACACAGACCUUACUGUCGCUGCACAACUCACUUUGCGUCAAUCUCUAUGGCCAUUGACCAUCGUGACGGUCCUAUUCUUCCUCUGGGGCUUCGCCUAUGGACUGCUCGACACCCUCAACAAACAUUUUCAAAAUACCCUCGGAAUCACGCGAACUAGAUCGUCAGGACUUCAAGCGGCGUAUUUUGGGGCCUAUCCGCUGGCUUCGCUAGGCUAUGCCAACUGGAUGCUGAGACAUUGGGGUUACAAAUCAGUAUUCAUCUUCGGUCUCUGCCUCUAUGGCAUUGGGGCACUGAUGAUGUGGCCGGCUGGAGUCUAUCGCUCCUUCGGCGGAUUCUGUGGUGCCACAUUUAUCAUCGGCUCUGGUCUGGGGUCUUUGGAGACCGCUGCAAACCCCUAUCUUGCGGUCUGUGGGCCCCCGCGCUGGGCAGAGAUCAGAAUCAACUUCGCGCAAGCAUUUAACGCGGUCGGGACAGUCGUGGGCCCGGUCUUAGGCUCGUAUGUGUUCUUCCAGAAAACGGAGGACUCUGUAGCAGCUUUGAAGAACGUCCAAUGGGUGUACCUAGGCAUUGCGAUCUUCGUAUUCAUCCUGGCGUUUGUUUUCUUCGCCUCAUAUAUCCCAGAGGUGACUGAUGCGGACAUGGAGUUUCAAGUAAGAGAGACCCAUGUGGAGGGAUCUGAACUGCCAUUCCGGAAGCAAUAUCGUCUCUUUCACGCUGCUUUCGCGCAAUUCACCUAUUGUGGAGCCCAGGUUGCGGUGGCCAGCUAUUUCAUCAAUUACGUCGUCGAAACCAGACGUAAUACCGAUAGUGCGUUGGCUGCAAAGUUCCUGGCGGGCGCUCAAGGAGCCUUUACAGUUGGACGCUUUUCUGGCACGUUGUUCAUGGCGUACGCCAAACCGAGAAUGGUGUUUCUUGCAUAUAUGUUCGGUGUGGUGAUCUUCCUCGGGGCCGCAACUGGAACCAGGGAGAACACUGGACUGGCCAUGCUGUUCAUGGUCUUGUUUUUCGAGAGCGUCUGUUUCCCAACGAUCGUCGCUCUCGGUAUUCGUGGAUUGGGCCGCCAUUACAAACGCGGCUCGGGCGUCAUUGUCGCAGGCGUCCUGGGCGGUGCUUGCGUGCCCGCUUUGACUGGAAAAGUGGCCGAUAUAUACAACGACACUGGCAAAGCCAUGGUGGUUCCUGAGAUGUUCAUGGUAGCCGCCCUGACCUACGCCAUGUGUGUCAAUUUUGUCCCCUACUACCGCAUUCCUGCCGAUCUAGUCGGUGAGAGCGAUAUUGGGAUCGUCAACACAGCAGACUCCAAGUUGGAUGAGGAGAAAAAUGUCCAGACUCGGGAUGGUCGAAACAUGGGCGGCGAAGUCCAUGAAGUUGAGAAAACUUAA